CUCUCUGCUCUGUUCCUUGAUCCAGAUUCCGCAGCGGUGAGGGCACCCAGCCCGAUCGUCCGUCUCCGUCGAUCCCUCGAAGCCCUAGGAGAGACCCUUGUCCGCGUCGAAUUCGAUCGCGGGCUGAUUUGAUCCCGAGAAUUCGCGAGGGGGCCAUCGGCGGCGGUGGGGAAUCGGAUGUUGUAGGAAAGGUCCCGGAUUUCUGCGCGGGCAGGCGGGCGGGCGGCCAUGCAUCUGAAACUGUGGAAGCCGCUGUCCCACUGCGCCGCGCUGCUCCUGGACAAGAAGAACCGUCCGCCGCGGACGCCGCCGGCGGGAGCGGGCGCGGGGUCCGGCGGCGGGCGACGGCUGCAGGAGAGCAAGCUGCGGGAGGCGCUGGAGGAGGCGUCCGAGGACGGGUCCCUCGCCAAGUCCCGCGACGUGGCGCUCCUCGAUGGAGGGGACGGCGGUGCGGAGGAGGGGUCCGUGGGGCGGUCGCGGUCGCUGGCGCGGCUCCACGCGCAGAGGGACUUCCUGCGCGCGACGGCGUUGGCCGCGGAGCGCGCGUUCCAGUCGCCGGACGCGCUCCCUGUGCUGGAGGAGGCGCUCGCCAAGUUCCUCGUCAUGUACCCCAACUACGCGUCCGCGUCGGACGUGGACCGCCUCCGCGCCGACGAGUACCCGCACCUGGACAAGGUAUGCCUCGACUACUGCGGCUUUGGCCUCUUCUCCUACCUCCAAAGCUGCAACCCUGCGGACUCGUCAGCGGCGUUCACGCUCUCGGAGAUCACCGCCAACCUCAGCAACCAUGCGCUCUACGGCGCCGCCGAGAAGGGCACCGCGGAGCACGACAUCAAGAACCGCAUCAUGGAUUACCUCAACAUCCCCGAGUCCGAGUACUGUCUCGUCUUCACGGUCAGCCGCGGCUCGGCCUUCCGGCUCCUCGCCGAGUGCUACCCCUUCGGCACCAACAAGCGCCUGCUCACCAUGUUCGACCACGAGUCCCAGUCCGUGAACUGGAUGACGCAGGUCGCGCGUGACAAGGGAGCCAAGGCAUACUCCGCCUGGUUCAAGUGGCCCACGCUCAAGAUCUGCACCACGGAGCUCCGGAAGCUGAUCUCCACCAAGAAGCGGCGGCGCAAGGACUCCGCCACUGGCCUCUUCGUGUUCCCUGUGCAGUCGAGGGUGACGGGGGCAAAGUACUCGUACCAGUGGAUGGCAUUGGCUCAGCAGAACCACUGGCAUGUCCUGCUUGAUGCUGGGGCUCUGGGGCCUAAGGACAUGGACUCGCUGGGGCUGUCUCUGUUCCGGCCAGACUUCAUCAUAACUUCAUUUUACAGGGUGUUUGGGGCUGACCCAACGGGCUUUGGAUGCUUGCUGAUCAAGAAGUCGGUAAUGGCUUGCUUGCAGAGCCCAAGCGGCGGGACGGGGGCAGGGCUAGUGCGGAUUGUGCCGGUCUUCCCACAGUAUCUCAGUGAUUCAGUUGAUGGGUUUGAUGGUGUCCUCGACGGGCUGGAGGAUGAUAACAUCAUUCCAAUCGAGGAGGGGUCAGCCUCGAACAGUCACCAUGCAUCCCAAUUGCCUGCAUUCUCAGGCGCAUAUUCAUCGGCGCAGGUGAGGGAGGUUAUCGAGAGCGAGAUGGACCAGGACAGUUCAGACAGAGAUGGUGCCAGCACAAUAUAUGAAGAGAGCGAGAGUGUUUCUGUUGGAGAGGUGAUGAAGAGCCCCGUGUUCAGUGAGGAUGAGUCAUCGGAGAACUCCUUCUGGGUUGAUCUGGGACAGAGCCCACCUGGUUCCGACCAUUCAGAGCAAUCAAGCAAGGGGAAAUUGGGCUCUCCGUUGCCAGCGUCCUGGUUUUCUGGCAGGAAGAAGGCGUCGCCGAAGGUGCCAUCCAAACUGUCAAGGAGCCCUGUUCAUGACAAGCAUGUCUUGUCAUUUGAUGCAGCCGUGAGGUCGGUAUCACAAGAGCCAGGGCCUGUGGAAGUUGUUCCAGAGGAAGACCAUUCACGUAACGGCAUCAAGAACAUUCAUAUCAGUGAGAUUGAAGAAGACAACAGAGAUGGUAAAGUAAACAAGAGGUUCGUAAAGUUUUCUUGUGCCAAUGGCCCUGCUGAAGGCAGUGCAACCUCCGUUUUCGGGACCUGUACCGCCCGCGAGAACGGCUCCACAUCGGAGAUCUGCUCAGAAACCCAAGCGGAGACCAAGGAGAGCGCGAUCAGAAGGGAAAACGAGGGCGACUUCCGCCUGCUGGGAAGGCGGGAAGCACACAACGGAAGGUUCAACGGAGGAGGAAGGUUCUUCGGAGUAGAAGAACCGGAGCGCGUGUCGAGCAUGGGGCGCAAGGUAUCGUUCACCAUGGACGACAGCAGGCUCUGCCGUAACUCGGAUGCCGGCGAGACAUCUGGAUACGCGAUGGCAGACGACAACGACGACGACGCGUACAGCGACUACGACGAGGCUCAGGACGGAAGGAAAGAGCCCGAGAUCGUCUGCAGACACCUCGACCACGUGAACAUGCUGGGGCUCAGCAAGACCACGCUCAGGCUGCGGUACCUGAUCAACUGGCUGGUGACGUCGCUGCUGCAGCUCCGGCUGCCCGACUCAGGGGACGGCGAGGGGGCGGCAGCGGCAGCGGCACCCCCCCUCGUCUACAUAUACGGUCCGAAGAUCAAGUACGACCGCGGGGCAGCGGUCGCGUUCAACGUGAAGGACUGCGGGUCCGGAACCUCCCUGAUCAACCCUGAGACCGUGCAGAAGCUGGCGGAGAAGGAGGGCCUCUCCUUGGGCGUCGGGUUCCUGAGCCACAUCCGGCUCACGGACAGCCAGAGGCACGGCGCGGCCGACGUGGGGCUCAGCUCUUCCUCCUCGCCAGCUGCGGCGAGCGGCCGCCGCGAGAAGAAGAAUACUCGCAAGAACGCUGUCGUCGGGACGGAAGUGGUCACCGCUUCUCUCGGGUUCCUCACCAACUUCGAGGACGUCUACAGGCUGUGGGCGUUCGUCGCCAAGUUUCUCGACUCGUCGUUCCUUGAGCAGGAGAGGCUGUCGUCCAUUCCGGAGGAUGCAGAAAGAUAGCAUCAGAUGGUUUCAUAGUAGAGGGAGGGUGGGUGGUGGCGGCAGCACCAGCGUAACUGAAAGGGGUGUGGGGGUAGAAGAAGAGAGAUGCCAAGGUGCUUCUGCGUAGUAUUGUUCUUUUGUAUCCAAAUGCCUCAGCAUGGCAUCGACUUGGCGGCGCGGCUGUUUAUAUUUCUUCAUUCUUAUUUCCUCCCCUUUUUUUUCUUCUAGGCAUGAGACUUUUUUUUUUGGUCUGUAGGUUUUGUUGGAGAUCUAUAUGUACCCACCUACACCUACUAAUUGUUUUGAGGAGCAUCAUUUCCAUGUACUCGCUUGUAAAUUGGCUCCAUUGGCCAUGAAAUUAGGUCCGGUCGCCUGUAUUGUUGUUGCGGCAUGAAUAUUGAAUAGCAGCAUGAUGAU